AGCCAAGACUUUAUUGCAUUCGAUUCAACAUUACAAAAAACAAAAACAUUUGAUCAAAAUUUGAAAAAUCUCACGAAGUUGAAAGAAGAAGAGAAAACAAGCUAGCUAGCUAUCAUGGAAGGCUUAAUCCCAAUGCUCAUCAAUGCCCUCAAGAAGCAGAGGCCCCAUCACGCCUACCGGGGCCUCUCUGAGGGCUCUAACCGGAGUUAUCACUUGUUGAUGGCUCCAGAUUCUAGGGAAGGCUCUUCCCACCGUCGAACGCGCUCAGAGUUUCAGCCCCCAACUGUUGAUUUCCUGGACCAGCAGUCUACGCUAGAAUUCUCCCACUCGCGCAGCUUCAACAGAGGCUCGGUGCUUGCAUCGGCUACAAAUACUGCUAUUGGGCGAAGGCAGAUUGGUUCUAAUACUAAUCUUCGACGACGAAAUUGAUAUUUGAAGGAAGGAUUUUUUUGAGUUGCUUGGUGAUGUUGGUAUUUUUUUAUUUGCUUUGUUCAAAGUGUACAAUGAUGCUGUUGAGUUGCAAUAGUGGAAUAAGCUAAGAUCGCCAAGGGUAGAUUGUUAAGGUUGGGUUGUGAUGGAUUUGUAAUACUUUUGUCUAUACUGCAAUUUGUAUGGUUAAGGGUUAUUUUAUUGGAAAUUUCUUAAAUUAAUUUUUGUUUUU